AUGAAGGAGGUGGCUGAAGCGUAUUUGGGUAAGACGGUGACUGAUGCAGUGGUGACAGUUCCUGCCUACUUCAACGACAGUCAACGUCAAGCUACUAAGGAUGCUGGUACGAUCGCUGGUCUGAAUGUGUUGAGAAUUAUCAACGAGCCUACUGCUGCUGCUAUCGCGUAUGGUCUGGACAAGAAGGUUGGUGGUGAGCGUAAUGUGUUGAUAUUCGAUUUGGGUGGUGGUACUUUCGAUGUGUCUAUCUUGACAAUUGAAGAUGGUAUAUUCGAGGUGAAGUCUACUGCUGGUGACACUCACUUGGGAGGUGAGGACUUUGACAACCGUUUGGUGAAUCACUUUGUGCAAGAGUUCAAGCGUAAGCACAAGAAGGAUAUAAGUGACAAUAAGCGUGCAGUUCGUCGUUUGAGAACAGCUUGUGAACGUGCUAAGCGUACACUGAGUUCAAGUACACAGGCGAACUUGGAGAUUGACUCGUUGUGUGAUGGUAUUGACUUCUACACAGUGAUCACUCGUGCUCGAUUUGAGGAGUUGAAUGCAGACUUGUUCCGUGGUACUUUGGAGCCGGUUGAGAAGGCUUUGAGAGACGCUAAGAUGGACAAGUCUCAGGUGCAUGAGAUUGUGUUGGUUGGUGGUUCAACACGUAUUCCUAAGAUCCAGAAGAUGCUUCAGGACUUUUUCAACGGUAAGGAGUUGAACAAGUCUAUUAAUCCUGAUGAGGCUGUUGCUUAUGGUGCAGCUGUGCAGGCGGCUAUUCUGAGUGGUGAUAAGUCUGAGGCAGUGCAAGACUUGUUGUUGCUGGAUGUGGCGCCAUUGUCACUGGGUCUUGAGACAGCUGGUGGUGUUAUGACAGCAUUGAUUAAGCGUAACACGACGAUCCCAACGAAGCAGACUCAGACGUUCACGACGUACUCGGACAACCAGCCAGGUGUGCUUAUUCAAGUGUACGAGGGAGAACGUGCUUUGACGAAAGACAACAAUUUGCUUGGUAAAUUCGAGUUGUCUGGUAUUCCGCCUGCUCCUCGUGGUGUUCCUCAGAUUGAGGUGACAUUCGACAUUGACGCCAAUGGUAUUCUGAAUGUGUCGGCUGUGGACAAGAGUACUGGUAAGCAGAACAAGAUAACUAUCACGAAUGACAAGGGUCGUUUGUCCAAAGACGAUAUUGAGCGUAUGGUGAAUGAAGCUGAGAAGUUCAAGGCUGAGGAUGAGAAGCAGAGAGACCGUGUGGCUGCGAAGAACUCACUUGAGAGUUAUGUGUACGCGAUGAAGCAACGAGUGGAGGGUGAUGAGUUGAAGGACAAGAUAUCUGAUAGUGAUCGUAAGACGAUAUUGAGCAAGUGUGAAGAGACGAUUCAAUGGCUAGACCAGAAUCAGCAAGCAGAGAAGGAUGAGUAUGACUACCACCAGAAGGAGUUGGAGAAGAUAUGUGCGCCGAUAAUCACGAAGAUGUACCAAGCAGCAGGUGGCGGUGGUAUGCCUGGAGGCAUGCCAGGCGGUUUCCCAGGUGCAGGUGGUGCUGGCAGUGGUGGUGGAAAGGGACCAACAAUCGAGGAGGUCGACUAA